AGUAGCAGGAGGGAAAAAAGGGGGGGGAGGAAAAAGGGGGGGCAUAGAAGGGGGAAAAGAAGAAAAAUUUAUACCUGACCGCCCCCCCACCCCAGCUUCCCCUUCUCGCUUCCCGGCCGUCUUCCUCCGCCCAGCGCUGCCCGCGGAGCCCCCUUCGCCUCUGCCCGGCCGGGGCUGGGGGCCCGGGGGCGGCGGCGGGUCCCGACCGGCUCCCGGGCCGAGCCCAGCCCAGCCAAGCCGCACUGGCUUCUUUGUCUGCGGGCGGCGGCCGCCCCGGCCCCAGCCCCGGCCCCCUGGCCCGGGCUAUGAGAUGAAUCUCUAAUCGGUGGCCGCGGGGCACCCGGGGCGAAGGAGGCUCGGGCUCCGGAUGCGCUAGGUGUGGGCCGGCCCCCACCCACCCUGACAAGUGACCAUGGAUCCUGGAGCUGGGUCAGAGUCAUCUCUGACUGUCAAUGAGCAGGUCAUCGUGAUGUCAGGCCAUGAGACCAUCCGAGUGCUGGAAGUUGGAGUGGAUGCCCAGCUCCCUGCUGAGGAGGAGGGCAAAGGACUGGAGGGUGUGGCCGCUGAGGGUUCCCAGAGCGGAGGCCCUGCUGAAGCCAGUGAACCUGCUGGUGUAGCUGGGACAGUCAACCCAGACCCCUCUGCAGAGGCAACUGUGAAGUCACUCUCAGGGAUCCCUCCAAGCCCUGCCCCUGCCAUUGCCACCUUCAGCCAAGCCCCAAGCCAGCCUCAGGCAUCGCAGACCCUGACACCACUGGCUGUACAAGCUGCCCCUCAGGUCUUGACUCAGGAAAACUUAGCCACAGUUCUGACAGGAGUUAUGGUUCCAGCAGGGGCAGUUACUCAACCUCUUCUUAUCCCCAUCAGUAUUGCAGGUCAAGUGGCUGGUCAGCAGGGGCUGGCCGUGUGGACAAUUCCUACAGCAACCGUGGCUGCCCUCCCAGGACUGACCGCUGCUUCUCCUACGGGAGGAAUUUUCAAGCCACCUUUAGCUGGUCUCCAAGCAGCUGCUGUGCUGAAUACUGCUCUCCCGGCAUCUGUACAAGCUGCCCCACCAGUACAGGCCUUCUCGCCUGCCCAGCCCCGGCCACCAGCCCAGCCCCAGACGCUGUUCCAGACCCAGCCACUGCUACAGACCACGCCUGCCAUCCUACCGCAGCCCACUGCUGCCACCGCUGCUGCCCCCACCCCCAAGCCGGUGGACACCCCCCCACAGAUCACCGUCCAGACUGCAGGCUUCGCAUUUAGCCCAGGAAUCAUCAGUGCUGCUUCCCUCGGGGGACAGACCCAGAUCCUGGGCUCCCUCACUACAACUCCAGUCAUUACCAACGCCAUUCCCAGCAUGCAGGGGAUCAGCAGUCAGAUCCUCACCAAUGCUCAGGGACAGGUUAUUGGAACACUUCCAUGGGUAGUGAACUCAGCUAGUGUGGCGGCCCCAGCACCAGCCCAAAGCCUGCAGGUCCAGGCCGUGACCCCCCAACUGUUGUUGAAUGCCCAGGGCCAGGUGAUUGCAACCCUGGCCAGCAGCCCCCUGCCUCCGCCCGUGGCUGUCCGGAAGCCAAGCACGCCUGAGUCCCCUGCUAAGAGUGAGGUGCAGCCCAUCCAGCCCACACCAGCUGUGCCCCAGCCUGCUGUGGUCAUCGCCAGCCCAGCUCCAGUGGCCAAGCCAUCUGCCUCUGCUCCCAUCCCAAUUACCUGCUCAGAGACCCCUACUGUCAGCCAGUUGGUGUCCAAGCCGCAUACUCCAAGUCUGGAUGAGGAUGGGAUCAACUUAGAAGAGAUCCGGGAGUUUGCCAAGAACUUUAAGAUUCGGCGGCUCUCACUAGGCCUCACACAGACCCAGGUGGGUCAGGCUCUGACUGCUACGGAAGGUCCAGCCUACAGCCAGUCAGCCAUUUGCCGGUUUGAGAAGCUGGACAUCACACCCAAGAGUGCCCAGAAGCUGAAACCAGUGCUGGAGAAGUGGCUGAAUGAGGCUGAACUCCGGAACCAGGAAGGCCAACAGAACCUGAUGGAGUUUGUGGGAGGUGAGCCCUCCAAGAAACGCAAACGCCGCACCUCCUUCACCCCCCAGGCCAUAGAGGCUCUCAACGCCUACUUUGAGAAGAACCCGCUGCCCACAGGCCAGGAGAUCACCGAGAUUGCUAAGGAGCUCAACUAUGAUCGUGAGGUCGUGCGGGUCUGGUUCUGCAAUCGGCGCCAGACGCUCAAGAACACCAGCAAGCUGAACGUCUUUCAGAUCCCUUAAGACUCGGCCCCCAGCCGUGUGUUCCAGCACUUUGUACUUUUCUCUGGGUGCCCAGUUGCAGCCACUGCCGUGACAGCACCUCCUGUCAUUUGGCCACAUGUAGCUGUGCUUGCCCUUGGUCAUGAGACUCCACUGUGUGCAUGUGCGUCAAUGCCUCCCUCCUCUCCCCCACGUAUCUCACACCACGUGGAGCCCGAGGUGCCAUGUGAGAGUGUCAGGCUCCGGGCUGGUCAUGCCAAAGGAGGAGAUUUGUGGUGUCACUUAGAGAAGCACUUUGCUAACAUGGUUUCUGAAGGGUGAAUUCUAGCUGGGAACCAGAAACUCCCCGUCUUUGGGGCAGCUCCUAAGGCCCAUUGGCCCUUAGCUCUUGUUUUCUAUGGCGUUCUCUUUCCCUUCUCUCUUCUCCUUUCCUCCUUUGUGUUAGUGUGGCAAGUAGGACAACUCAUCCAGUGGAACCACAGCUUCACACUGCCUCCACCCCCCCCACACACACUUUGCCUGCAGGCACAUUGUCCCUCUGAAAGGACCCAGGAGAUAAAGUUCAGAAAAGCAUGAUGUGCUGCUCAGAAGGUCACACUCUAUGUCUGCUCUGAUCUCAAGAUCAGAAGGUUCCCAUAGGCCUGGGGCGAGCACAUGUGAUCUCCUCUCCCAUCUCUCCCUGGCUCCUUUGGGGGAAAAAUUGCACUAAAGCAGAACCUUUUCUUUUGCAAUUCAUGUUGGAAGGAAGAAACAGUGAACUCUCCCUGUCCUGAAGUUGUGCUGGGUCUGCAGCAGGCCGGGAAUUUAGUAAAUAAGGCCAUCCUCCCAGAUUUUAAUCUAAUCUCUGUCUAUGGCAAUGUCCCCAACAAAAAGUAUUGAUUGAGAGAAUUUGCAGCCUGGAAAAUCCCACUGCCCAAGCAAGCAGGCAACUCUGGAGAAAAAUGAGGAGGAAAGGAAUGCUGUUUUUCUUUCUCGUCUGCCCCUUACUCCAGUACUGAGGCCUUCUUAAAAGAAGCAAAUUAAACAGUAAACCAGAUAGCAAGAUCCUGGGGGAAAGGACAACAUCCCAAAAGAGUUCAUGGCAGCCAAGGAAAGUCUCUUGUGGAAGUUAACUAUAAUUUUCUUUGUAACUUGAAUACUAGAGGAUAAAUCUCAUUUUUUCCAGAGUCUUAGACCAUGUAUGUGUGUAAUCAAUACCACCCACCCCUAACCACCACCAGUGCUCAUCUGAGUCAAGAAUACCCCCAGAUCAGGAUGGGUUUUGCCUCUAGAGGGGUUUGGCAUCUCAUCCAAGCUGCUAAGUGAGUCUCCAGCCUCACUGUGGCUGGACAGCCCCUGCAGUUCAGUAUAUGGCUCUAGGAGGUCAUGAGAGAAUGAAUAGUUUUGCUUAGAUGAGCCCAGACUAGCUGUGAAGACUGUCCCUAAUGGGCCAUAAGUCACAGGGGCCAACCACCCCUUCUCUUCACUACUUUUAUCCAUACAGAGCCUGGUCUCACAGCUGCCCUCCACUGCCCCUCACGUGAUCCAUGCUGAGGGAGUGACUGCCAGGCAAGGGCACAUCACCAUCUGUAUUAAUCCGUCUCUAUUGCUGAGACAAAAUACCUGGAACUGGGUACUUUGUAAAGAAACAAUAUUUAUUGCUUACAGUUUCAGAGGCUGGGAAGUCCAAGGAACACAUCUGGGGAGGGCUUUGUUCUUGGUGGUGCCUCUAUUCAGCGAC